AUUUGAAGUUCAUAUGCAAGUGAUUGAAAAGUUAGAUCGAAAUCCCAGAGUGAGAAUAUUAAAGGAAAUUGCGCCGUUUUAUACAAUAAACCAUCGUUUUAUCUUCAUAUUCAGUCAUUUUAAUAACCCAUUGUCUGUCAUCGGCGUAGGAAUUUUGACAUUUGCAGACAGCCGACAACGACGUUUCUCUUCGACAGUUCGACAGUCGACAUUCGACAUCGCAACCCGAACCGAGUCCUUUUUCUUGCAAUUUGCAGAGUGAAUAUCAUGUCCGGUCACGAGCGAAGAAAUGAAGAGUGGGAGAAGAAUGGCCCAUCUUCAGAAAAAGAACCUCCAACAGUGUAUGAUGGACCACCAGGAAUGGACCCCGAUGGUGUCAUCGAAUCCAACUGGGAAGAAGUUGUUGACAACUUUGAUGACAUGAACUUAAAAGAAGAACUACUCAGGGGUAUUUACGCCUAUGGUUUUGAAAAGCCUUCUGCUAUUCAGCAAAGAGCUAUCAUCCCAUGUGUAAAAGGACAUGAUGUUAUUGCCCAAGCACAAUCGGGAACAGGAAAGACUGCUACUUUUUCAAUUUCCAUUCUUCAACAAAUUGACACCUCAUUGAGGGAGUGCCAAGCUUUGAUCUUGGCGCCAACUAGAGAAUUGGCUCAACAAAUUCAGAAAGUAGUCAUCGCUUUGGGAGACUUCAUGUCUGCUCAAUGCCAUGCUUGUAUUGGAGGAACCAAUGUUAGGGAAGAUAUGAGAAAGUUGGAGACUGGUGUUCAUGUUGUUGUUGGAACUCCAGGUCGCGUGUACGACAUGAUCACACGGCGGGCCCUAAGGCCGCAUCACAUAAAGAUGUUCGUCCUGGACGAAGCCGACGAAAUGUUGUCGCGUGGUUUCAAGGAUCAAAUCCACGACGUAUUCAAGACCCUGAACGCUGAUGUGCAAGUAAUCCUGUUGUCUGCCACCAUGCCCUCAGAUGUGCUUGACGUAACAAAAUCCUUUAUGAGAAACCCCAUUAGGAUCUUGGUCAAAAAAGAAGAACUUACCUUAGAAGGUAUUAAGCAAUUCUUCGUCUAUGUUGAGAAGGAGGAAUGGAAGUUGGAUACUCUUUGCGAUUUGUAUGAUACUUUAUCAAUUACCCAGGCGGUAAUUUUCUGUAAUACAAGACGCAAGGUCGACUGGUUGACUGAAAAUAUGCACAAGCGGGACUUUACUGUAUCCGCGAUGCAUGGAGAUAUGGAACAGAAGGAGAGAGAUGUUAUCAUGAGACAGUUUAGGACCGGAUCGUCGAGGGUUUUGAUUACAACUGAUCUUUUAGCCAGAGGCAUAGAUGUACAGCAAGUUUCACUAGUUAUUAAUUAUGAUUUACCAUCAAACAGAGAAAACUAUAUUCACAGAAUCGGUCGAGGAGGACGUUUCGGUCGUAAAGGUGUCGCCAUCAAUUUCGUGACCGAAGAGGACAAACGUACGCUGCACGAUAUCGAGCAGUUCUACAACACGAAAAUCGAUGAGAUGCCAAUGAACGUGGCCGAUCUUAUUUAAGCAUUUGGAGGGAGCGAAUGUCGUGAUGCGUUACCUGAGGUUUCAAUUGGUGUGACUAGAAAAUUUGCAGAGACCUUUUGCUAAAAUCGUGCCGCGCCAUAUCGUCACUUUGGGCUAACCGUGGUACGCGAUAUCUACCCUCACAAACAACAACAACAAAAAAAACAAACAUUUUAAGUGUAUUUUAUUAUUAUUUUUUCUCUAUUUUUAUGUGUAAUCAUAGUGACUAAUUUUAUUUCAAUAAACUAAGCGAUAGAAUGGGAACCGUUAGGUGUCUUUGGGGUUUCCCGCCGGAACCUAUUUGCCUCAGAAAAGAUUUAGUUGGAUUUUGGAAAGGUUACUUUAUUCAUAAAAGAUGUAAACGGAAAAGUUUCCAUGUUGUUAAUAUUUUGUAUCAUAUUAUUUAAAUAAAUCCAUCAUUCAAUAAUA